AUGACCUCCUACAAACGAUCCCGCGCGACCUACGAAGCAGAUUCUCGAGCGAGCGAGGCACCGUUCGUCUCAUACGGCACCCCUCUGCCCCCCUCCGACGAACACCAACGCGACGAUGGCACCUACGUUCCCUUACACUUGCAGGAAGUAAGAGACGAGAAGGGGAGGCGCCGUCUUCAUGGCGCUUUCACCGGCGGAUGGAGUGCGGGAUAUUUCAAUACCGUAGGAUCCAAAGAAGGAUGGACGCCGUCCACCUUUGUGUCCAGUCGGACAGCGCGCCGCAAAGAUGACACCACUACCGUCCAACAACGCCCGGAAGACUUCAUGGAUGAGGAGGACCUUGCUGAUGCUGCCGAAGCCGAGACAAUUCAAGCAACCGACGUCUUUGCCGGUAUCGGGGCUCGCGUUGCUGACGAAACGCAGCGUCGAGGCCUAGCUGGUCUGGUACGGCCCUCGGACGAUACCAUGGGGUUCGCGCUCCUCAGGAAGAUGGGGUGGAAAGAUGGCCAAGGGAUUGGUCCUAGGGUUCGCCGAGCUGCCAGACUCCAUGACGGCGCGGCUCCCGCGAACGCGGCUGCAUCGGGCACUUACCUAUUCGCGCCGGACGACGCGUCGCCAUUUAUCAUAGAGAGGAAGUCUGGCCGGGCUGGUUUAGGUUACCGGGGGGAAGCUCGGCUGGAGCAGGAAAACAACGCGCCUUCGACCAUUCUCUCGACAACGGGCAAGAAGGUCCGAAAGAAGAUUCAGCGAGGGGGAAUUGGCGUUGGAAUAUUGAAUGAUAAUGGCUCUGAUGAAGAGGGCCCGUAUGCGAUGGGGCCACGCAUCUCGUAUAAUCGAACGUUGGGGGGCACGAAAAAGAAAAAAGCGACAACCAAAACCAUGACAGCAAAUCCAGCACUGGGAUCGAAGCCGACUUUCGUCGCGAAACGUCCCGCUGCCAGGCCUACCAAUUCUCGAAGAUGCGGCGAUGGGCGUCCGCCAUUGCCCGGGUUUACUCUAGCCUCAUCCAGCGUUGAUACUCGAGUUGUGGACUCUGGCACAAAAUACCCUCCACCGUCCAUACCUCUUGGUUGGAAGCCUAAGAAGCAGCUAGCUAUGCAUUCAACAACCGCAAUUAUCAACAAUAUCAACAAAACCACAUCUGAGGCUGCCAAAGCACCAAAACACGAUCCGAGGACACGCGCCGCCGCUCUAGGCGAAUCCCAACUUCCGGGAAAGUCGGUCUUCGACUUUAUGUCUGCCGCAGCAAGAGACCGCAUUGCCGCAGUCACCGGCAAGGCCAACUUGCCCCCUGCAAAAGGCGAGGUGCCAACAGCCGGGGACACGACUAGUCAGCAGAAGGCCCCGGACGUACUGGAACGGCUCCCAAAGCUUGCCAAGGAGACCGCUGUUGCUGCUCUCAGCAGGGGUCACGGGGGUAAGGGCCCGUACGCAGACGACGAGGCGAAGCAAUCCCGGUUCAGGCGGUAUCUGGAGUAUUCGGCAGGGUUUCUGCAGGAAAUGUCGUUGAGACCUCAUGGCAUGACGGAGGCGGAUUUCACCAGAGAACUCGAAGAAUUCUACAGCUGCGCUCAGCUGUUCAAGCCAAUGGCAGGAUUCAUGGCAACUCGAUUCACUACGGCUUCUGCGACCACGUCUAAUGCUGGCGGGACGGACUCCACUGGAGCCACCGUCUCUACAAACACUCGAGCACCGUCGCAGCCCGGCGACCCGGCCGAGGAGGCAGCGAAGCUGGGCAUGUUUGGGAACAUGACGAGGUCGGUGCAAGACUUCUAUCCGACCCGGCUGCUGUGCAAACGCUUCAACGUACGUCCACCCGAGCAUGUGCAGCAGGAACCAACGACAGAUACCCCGCCGGACAACACGUCUGGGAAUAAUGAUCAAGAGGCUGUGUCGAAGGGGCCAUUGGGGGUUGGUGUCCAUGAGCAGUCGACAUCUGGAGAGGAGACUAGGGACACAGCUGGCGUACAAAUGCCGCAUCAGCAGCGACCAUUCAGAAUGUCGUUGGCUGGUUCAUACAGGGCACUUUCCUUGAAUGGGCGAAAGUUCCCGGCCCCUACCAUUUGUCCAGGAGAAACCAGCCUUGAAGAGGAAAGGGAAAUAGGCCUGCACGAGGAAGAGCCGGUCGACCGCGUCCAAUCUCCCCCGCCGCAAUACCCAGCAUCCGAGGCAUCAUCCUCUAUACCCCCACCGUUCUCGUCCCUCUACGGACCUUUCGAAGACGGCUGCUGCCCUGGUUCUUCUUCCGGACAGGAGAGGUCACCGCCAGGCAAGUCGACGACCAGUGUCUCUGCGGGGCCAUUACCAGCCGCCCCAGCCUACGCGCCCGCCGCCCCGGGUCCAUCGGAUUUCCAGGCUGUCGCGCAGACCUCCUUCGAGGACACCGUUGCCGAGACCAAGCGCGCUCUUCCCAGGGAUACCAAGGGAGAGUCUUCUUCCAAGGACGACGAGGUCGAACCACCACCUGCUUACUCGGAGGGGCCCAGUCCUCUCCUCUCUUUCUCCUUCGUAAUGGCGUCCGCCGGAGGGGCCUCGAGCCUUAUCACCCAGGUACAGCAGGGUGGCCCGCCCAUCAACGCUCUCGGAGAUGUCGGCGCGGACGAAUCGAUUGCUAUGGACCUUCGUGGAACGAGGUUCGUGCUAUCUCGCGACGAGCUAUUGACGUUGCCUGAGUUUGUCCUUCUAUCUCUCUUCCCGAACGGCCUAUUUCCCGAGGGUCACAUGGGCAGUGGAUUUGGGGAUGGAGAUGCCAUCCAAGUUGACUACGAUCCGGCAUCCCUUCAAUACAUGCUGGGUUUCUUCCGCGACGUAGCCCAGACGAUCCCAGCCGAGAGCUCCGGGAGCACCUCUCAGGACGGGGACGUGUUCCCUGUCGAACCACUUGGUGGGCGAGACGACUCAUCCAGAAGGGCCGGUAUCAUCGUGCUUCGAGAGGACCUCGACUUUUACGUCAUCCCACCUCGGCCUGACGUCGAACAGGCGGAAAUGAUGGACAUCAAGAGGGCGGCGGGCAGGGCUCUGCUCAACCAGGCUGGCAUCUUUUCGGGUCUUAAGCGGAGCGAUGAACCGGGGACGACGGAAGCCCAUCUCAUCGAGAUGUUGACAGCAGGAGGCUUCAACCAUGAUGACACGUGGGGACACCGAGCAGGAGAGCCGAAUAAGGCGGUCAUCUGCAGUCUCGCACUUGCACGACUCCGCAGCGAUAUCCGGGGCAGUGAGAUGAGCAGCAACGCACUGGGGAUGGCGCAGAAGCUGCUCCUCUUCUGGCGCAAGCCGGCCAGACGUUGCUGGUGGGAGGGCGUUGAGCUCGACAACGUCGAAGGCGUGCCAGGAAAGCUCAAGGUUUGGAUCAGGCGCGUUUGGACGCUGGAGAUGAGUGUCAUUGGUCUUCGGUGA